AUGCUGCAAACGCGCAACGUAAGGCGUCAGAUCGUCGAGCGAGUACUGAAGGGCAUUCCAAUUCGCACACAUUUUGCCAUAUCACUGAAGAAUGCAAUGGACUCAAUGGCACUGAGCUGCGAAGCAAAUUCAACAAUUUUAAAUUUGCGGACAACAUCCGAUGAAAGUAUAGUCGAGCAAGCCAGUUUUGAAAUCAAAAAUGAACUUGAUGAAUUUGAAAAGGAUCUAAGCUUCCUAAAGUUUAUUCAGAGCGACGACGUCUACAAUGUCGAGCAAUUUGUCGAAGUUCGUCUUCAUCUCAUAAUUUUUUUUUAA